AUGUCUCUGGUUCCUGGAUUCCGUCAGUUCGCCUGCUUUGGACCACAGUUACCCAGGCAGAAUCCUCCAGAUGUUUCGGUAAGGGUUCCGAUCAUUUCCGCCAAGAGGGUGACGAAAUUUCUGCGGAGGUCAGCCUCUGUCGCCGGGUCGGGUGCGGAGUUUUCAGGUUAGUUUUCUUCAUCGAGGGCUCUAACUGUUCUCUGCUGAAAUUCUCACAUGGAUCCCGUGCAGUUUUGGUUCUACGUCGUUGUUUUGCCGAUUAAGUUAUAUUGUGUUGAAUCACACAGAGAGGCUCGUGGCCACUGAGAGGAAGAAGAAAGGGAGGAAUGUAGCUGGUGUGGAUCAAGAUGAGCUGGUAGAUCCAACAAUGUUAUCCGAUCCAGAUAGUUUCUUCUGCGAAUUUAAUGGCAUACAGAUACACCACAAGGUGUGCCACCAUGGAGAAGAGCAGACGGGUCAGCCGUUCAAUAGUGAGAUAUCUUCUGCGUCUGCGGGUAGCAAUGUUCCUAAAGUUGGGCUCCCUAUGAUCUUGCUACAUGGGUUUGGAGCAUCAGUGUUCUCAUGGGCUGGAGUAAUGAAGCCUUUGGCUAGCCUGAUUGGCUCCUCUGUUCUAGCUUUCGACAGACCUGCUUUCGGGUUGACAUCAAGGCCUCGCCAUUCUAUCUGGAGCACUGGAAAAGCUGAUAUGCUACCUUUGAAUCCAUAUUCCAUAGCCUUCUCAGUACUUGCAACUCUCUUCUUCAUUGACAGGCUCGGCCCUGAGAAGGCGGUUCUUGUGGGGUAUGUGAUGCUUCUCGUUCAGAAUUGCUCUCAGCUUCAGGACAAUAAUUUAUCAAGUUAGAUAAUCCAAUGGCUUAGUAUCUUAGUCUCCAAUAAUGAAAACUGAAUUUCUCAGGCACUCGGCUGGUUGCCUUGUGGCAGUUGAUACUUACUUCGAAUAUCCUGAGCGGAUUGCUGCUCUAAUCCUUGUGGCUCCGGCGAUUUUUGCUCCACUUUUUGGAGAUAAAGCUAGAAAAGGAAGUCAAAAGGGAAAAGCAGCUCAGAGUGAGGACAGAGGAUCCACGACUGAUAAUCAAAGGAAUCAUUUUAUUGUGAUUUGGAAUCUCUUGUGCAGGUUAGUUGGUUUGAUUGUACAGACAGCAAUGCACGUUAUUAAAGGAAUGAAAGAUAUGCUCGGAUCUAUAUAUAGAAAUAUCUUGUUGGCAGUUCUGCGGUCAUCCUUAUCCAUAAUUCUGGUAAAUAAUUUCUUUGAAGCAUGCACAUUCUUAGUCAUCUUAAUGUACCAUGAAUUUAACAAGUCUGAAUUAUCUUUACUUGGGAAAUUAUAUAUCUUGCUCUCCCCAUCAUGAUGAGGGAAACCUUUUAGCCUCCAUGCGAUCUGCGGAUUUUCUCUUUAGAGUUUUUCUUUUUUUUCAUACGGGAGAGUUCAAAGUGGUCAUCUAUGAGGCUAAUAAAAUAUGGAGGUCGAAUUUUCUCAAUCGGAAUGUUCUAGCUGCUUAUGAAUAUGGAAUUUUCACGCAUAUGGCUUAUUCUCGGAAAGAUAUAUUCUCGCAUGUAGCAAUCUUAGUGAAUAACAUUCUACUUGUUAAAUCUUUAGAGCACCAUCAUAUAUAAAACAUUGAAGAAUCAAUGUUAACUUGUAUAUAUAUAUUUUAUGAUUUUCAGGUCAGAAUGAUCAUUGAUAAGUUUGGUAUAGCAGCGGUUCGGAAUUCCUGGUGUGAUGCGAACAAGAUCACUGAUUUUACCAUAAACGGCUACACGAAGGUGAGAUUGACGCAAAUAGCAAGGAGGCUUAUACAUCCGCUCGAUCUCACUUUUUUUUUUUAUCAUUUAAAUUAGAUUACUCAAUCUCACCGUUUGUUUAUGAUUUGAAGCCUUUUUUUCCAUAGAUUUACUCUUAUAUUUGAGAUGAUUGUGCAGCCGCUCAGGGCCAAAGAUUGGGAUGUGAGUCUCCUGGAAUAUACUUUGGCCACACUCACAAACUCGGGCUCCAAAACAGAGCCACCAUUAGCAGCAAGGCUAGCUGAGAUAUCAUGCCCCGGUAUACGCCCCUUGGAGCCUAGUUUGGCUUAUAUUAACAGCUUCAUGCUCCUUAUGUGCCUAGUUUUAGGGUGAAUGCUUGUUCUCUUCCCAAAAGCAGUAAAUUGGAAUAUUCCUGCCCAUUAUCAUCUAGAGUGGCAUCUGUUUCCCUUUUUUUUUUUUCAGAAGCAAAUGUCAGCGUUGACCCAUAUCUCUCUUGUCCUUGCCUUUUUCCUUGUUAAUGGCACGAUUGGUUUAUUUUUUGACUUGUUGAUGUAGAAAAAACCUGGCCCUUUGGGUCAACUCCAGUUGAAACUAUCUUUUGAUCUAUUUUUCUUCCUAUUGCUCAAUAGAUUAAAGUAAAGCAGAUUGAAUGGUUUAACCAUUUCCCUGUUGACUUACUGUUGUUCUUUCCGGUUCAAUCCAGUGUUGAUAAUAACUGGAGAUACCGACCGGAUAGUUCCUCGCUGGAAUGCGGAGCGGCUAGCAUCAGUGAUCCCCGGGGCCACCCUCCAAGUCAUCGAAAGCUGUGGGCACUUGCCUCAUGAAGAGAAGGCGGCAGAGUUCUUAUUGGCAAUCAAGAAGUUCCUGCAGAGAACAUUCGGAGCCCCUGGUGAGGUGGUGUUUGCAACCGGCUGCUGA